ACCGCGAUUCUAGUCUGCGCAUUGAUCCGAUUGCAGCUAGAAGCUUGAAUGAAUGCCGAUUCUCUUCUUGUCAAAAGCUUAAGUGUGUAAUAUCAACGGCAUUUAAUUGUAUUGAAUUUUUUAGUUUAAAUAAUUUUCGGCAAGGAUCUGUUUAGUUUCUGACACGUCCUCUGAUUUAAGGGCGUGCUUGUGUUGGUGACAAAUAACGAAAAAAAAAAGGAAAAAAUAUCAUGGAAAAACGCCGCUAUUCGACUACGGGUGACUCAUUGUAUAUAUGUAUGGGUCUAACCAAGCAAGCUACAAGCGAUGACAUCAAGAAAGCAUACAGGAAGUUGGCUUUGAAAUAUCAUCCAGAUAAAAAUCCAAGUCCAGAAGCAGCAGAAAAAUUCAAAGAGAUCAAUCAUGCAAAUUCAAUACUGAGUGACUCAACCAAAAGAAACAUUUACGAUAAUUAUGGAUCACUUGGUCUGUACAUUGCUGAACAAUUUGGAGAGGAAAAUGUCAACACCUACUUCCUAGUCACAUCAGGGUGGUGCAAAGCUCUGUUCAUUGGAUGUGGAAUUAUUACUGGCUGCUACUUCUGCUGCUGCUGCUGCUGUUGUUUCAACUUCUGCUGUGGCAAGUGUCGCCCAAAGGCCCCUGAUGAGACAGGAGAUUACCAUAACUUUCAGUUGAUUCAAUAUACUACACAGGAUGGACAGCAAGAAGGUGCUGCUGCUAGUCAGCAGCCAAUUGUAGUUGAACAGCCGAGGAGCUUCACAAAGAAUGACGAUAGCAGCGAUGAAGAGGAAGCAGAAGAAGUCAAAAAGGCGCAGAGAGAUGCGAUAUCUGUUCAACCUGAACCAAGGAAUGUCAGUGAAACAACUAGCCUUAAUUCAUCGGACAAGCCCCCGGUUUACACCGCAGCAAUACCGCAGGGUGGAACACCACAACACGGUUCAACAGGAAGGGCUGCCAUACCUCUUCAAAGCCAUGAGCCAUGAAUCGCAAUUGGUGAUUCUAAAGGAUAAAGUCGUAAUCUUUUUCGAAUAUUUUUAAUUAUUAGCUUCACUACCCCUACAUUUGAUUGACGGGGAAAAUAUCUAGAUUGUCCGUUUAUUUCCUUUCAUAAAAUUUGAAAAACGGUUCAUUUUCUGGAAUCAGUUUGGUAUUAAUUUUUCAGUGUGCAUUUUUCAGUAGCCGAAAGAGUAAAAACGGCCGUCAUUUUUCUCUUGGCUUCGAAUUUUUGAUUAAUGUAUUUUCCGUCUUUUAGCAGACAUUUUCCUUUGUCUCUUUGGUAACUGACAUUAUUGAUGAUUACUUGUUGUAUUUCUUUCAAUUUUUCAGUUUUGUACAAUUAUUCGCCUAAUGGUAUACAAAUAUAGUUCUGUAUGUAUGUGGUA